UCUUUCUCCCGUUCCUGGAGAAGAUCCUUGUCCCCCUUUUUUCGCUUUCUCACUUGUUUCAUCUGUAGAAGUAACCGCGGUACGUGUACAGUCCUCAACGAAGGGUAGGUUGAAGAGGAACAGUUGCAUGCGUUUGACAGGCAGUUUGGGAAGCUCUGGAACCUUUUACUAGUGCAUUACGUGUCAUUUAGAUAGGGGGGGUUUCAUGGUCAUGGCUUCCGAAGAGCCUCUAUAUAUUGCCAGUGGCCGAACUGCAAGCCCUGCUCAAGCCAUGACCAUCAACCCCCUAUCUUAGAUUCUUUGUUUCUUGCUGCUUUCCUCUAUUGCUGUCUCCAGACUUCAAUUAACAUCCUCCUCCUCCCCAGUCCCCCCCGCCCGCUCUCCACAAAACUUGGUUUGCUGCAAAAGCCAGUUCCUACGGUGGCAAAAGCAGUGCUGGAGCCUGGAAAGUUGGACUUCAAGGGCUGAAUGAGACCACCGAGUCCUGGUGGACCAGGCGGGCCUCCGCCUGGCUGGCCUCCUGGGCCUGGAGCUCCUCCGGCUCCAUGGCCUGGACCGCCGGGUUUUAUGGGUGGCUUCUUCAGUGGACUAUGCAGCACUAUAUCUUCUUGCGUCUACCUCUUCUGCUGCUGCUGGUUGCUACAAGACUGCUUUGGUGGUCCACCUGGGCCUCCUGCUGGCCCACCAGCUCCUCUUCCUAUUCCUGCUGGCCCACCUCCCCCUCCUGGUCCCCCGGGCCCUCUUGGUGCUCCACCUCCCCCUUGGCCUCCUCUACCACCAAUUGGCCCACCUGUUCCUCCUGGGCCACUUGGCUCUUUUAUUGAUCUGCCUCCUCCUCCUGGUCCUCCUGGCGGCCCAUUUGGUCCUCCUGGGCCUCCUGGUGGCCCACCUGGACCGCCACCUCCAUAAUGAUGUCAUUUCACAUAUUAAUUGAGUAUCCAUUAGUGUCCCGAUAAAUAUGGAUACCGGACCAUUUGCUUUUCGUAACCCCAUUUUUCACGAAUUUGGAUCCACUCCAUUUGAAAUGGAGAGGAUUUUUUUCCGUUAGUUAUAAAUUAGGGACAUAGUUAUCUUUUAAUAUUUCUAUAAAGAUGAUCCUAUUCCAUUUUCCACUUUUCCAAUAGAGAUAGAUGUUCAGUAAUGGCUGCCACUGCUAAAAGUAAAUGAACUCUAUUGAUUUUUAUUAUUAUUAUUAUUAUUAUUUUCCAAUGAGUAAUGUAUUUAUGUUAUUUCAACUUCUCAUCAAUCCUACAAGCUGAAAGUGAAUUAACUUCCUAAAUAUCUAAUUGGAUCAACACUUGUAAAAAUAAAAUCAAAAGUUAAAUUUUACUGUAACGUCAUUCCAGUUAUAUAUUACUACUAAAUAACAUUAGUUGUUCAACAUACGUCCAUUCACAUGCAAACAUGCAGUCGAAUUGUUCAACUAAAGAUUGAGAGUGGUUGGCCUAGGCCCGCCCUGAAGCAAAACGCACUGGCCCCAUAGCAAGCUCUACGCUCAUGGAACCUGGUCAUUAGGGAUGUACAAAUGGAACUGUUAUAACCACUGACCGUAUAACCGCUAACCACCUAGGCGGAUGCGGUUAGUGGUUAUAGGGUUUGCGAAAAGCUGUUAAUAACCGCUAACCGCCUUCUCAUAUAUAUAUAUAUAUAUGGAUUUGUAAUGAUUUAGAUUUGUAUUUGUAAUUUUUUUGUUUUAAAUUUGGAUUUGGUUAUUCAACUUAUUUGGAUUUAUAAUGUUUUGGUUUUGGAUUUGUUUGUAUUUUGGAUUUGUAUUUUUUUUUAAUAAAUAUUUUGGAUUUAUAUUUA